CGCUUACGCCCCCUUUCACCCAUUUACACCCAUCUAUCACUCAUAUACACUCCUCUAAACCACUCUGCCACCCAUGUACACAUCUCUACACCCCCAACACCCCUCUGUCACCUAUGUACACCCUUCUAUCACCCCGUACACCCCUCUUUCACCCCCUACGUCCCCCUGUCACCCAUGUACACUACUCUACGAUCCUCUGUCACCCAUGUACACUCCUCUACACCCCUCUGUCACCCAUGUACACUCCUCUACACCCCUCUGUCACCCAUGUACACUCCUCUACACCGCUCUGUCACCCAUGUACACCCCACUACACCCAUCUGUUACCCAUUUACACUCCUCUAAGCUCCUCCGUCACCCAUGUACACUCCUCUACACCCCUCUAUCACCAAUGUACACCCCUACACCCUUCUGUUAUCCAUGGAUACUACUCUGCGCUCCUCUGUCACCGACGUACACUCCUCUACACCCCCAACACCUCUCUGUCACCAAUGUACACCAAUCUGUCACCCCCUAAGCCCCCUUUCACCCAUUUACACCCAUCUAUCACUCAUAUACACUCCUCUGAACCACUCUGCCACCCAUGUACACACCUAUACACCCCCAACACCCCUCUGUCACCUAUGUACACCCCUCUAUCACCCCGUACUCCCCUCUUUCACCCCCUAUGUCCCCCUGUCACCCAUGUACACUCCUCUGUUACCCAUGUACACUCCUCUACGCUCCUCUGUCACCCAUGUACACUCCUCUACACCCCUCUGACACCCAUGUACACUCCUCUACACUCCUCUGUUACCAUGUACACUCCUCUAUGCUCCCCUAUUACCCAUGUACACUCCUCUACACACCCAACACCUCUGUCACCCAUGUACACCCAUCUGUCACCCCCUACGCCCCCUGUCACCCAUGUACACCCAUCUAUCACCCAUGUACACUCCUCUAAACCACUCUGCCACCCAUGUACACUCCUCAACACUGCUGUUACCAAUGUUCCACUUUCUGCUACCUUUUUACUCGUCAACUUUGGAAUGUUCCUAAUCUCUGUACCUGAGAUAUGGUUGUGUUAUAUAUAAAGCUGUCCAUAGACGAUAUACUUAUUAAAAACACAUAUAUCUUCAUAUAUACGGGAAAGACUAUGACAUGUCUGCAGGUCUAGAUUUUACAUCUAGC